AUGAAUGAAACGACAAAUUUAUCACAAAAUAAUAGAACGAGUUUUUUGAUUGAAGACAUUUUGUAUAGGCAAAAAAAUAGUGAAGAUCCGGAAAAUAUUUAUCAGAAUUUUGGUGCACAAACCACACAAUCUUCGGGUAAACUUCUUGAAAACUCUGGGCACGUUAGAGCGUUUCAUGCCCCUCAGAAGGUUCAUCAUCAUCAUCAGGAGCAAAGUGAAAAACAUGAAGAUGCUGGUUUGUACUCGAAUAGUGCUCAUCACAAGGAUUUUGUUGCGCCGCAAGGUUAUUUCCAGGUGCAAAGUGCUGGAAGAGUUGCAAGUUUUCAGGCGCCUGAAAAUGGAUAUAUUCAAGUUAUGGGUGCUUUGGGAGCUUAUUUAGGGACUCCGUACAAAAAUAUGGGAGAUCCUUAUUUUUUGACACAAGGUAUACCAUUCCAUCACACCCUUUUCGGAAGCUCCGCAAGUGAAAUUUCCUUAAACGCCCUAAAACACUGUAGAAGAAGAAAAGCCAGAACAGUAUUCAGUGAUCCACAACUGACAGGUUUGGAAAAACGUUUUUCCGCUCAACGUUACCUAUCGACGCCGGAACGAGUGGAACUGGCUACAGCACUAAGUUUAAGCGAAACCCAAGUGAAGACGUGGUUCCAAAAUAGACGAAUGAAACACAAAAAACAGAUGAGGAAAAUGCAAGAGGAAAAAACGAAUGGAGGCGCGAAGAAAAACGACAAUGGAGACAAAUCCAGAACAAGCAAUAAUGGUCAAAAUGCAUCAAAUCUGUCCUCCAUCUCAGAACAACCUCCAAGUAGUCCAGGUUCAAAUAGCGACGUGAGCGAUUGCGACAGCGAUAUAGACAUUGUCGGAGAUAGCAAUAAGCAAAUUGGGUUCAGUUAUAAAGGAGCAUAA